UCCCCAGCUGUCCAAUGUUUUUGUGCAUAAGUGAAGUGGACAAGUAGAUUUCAACGCUACGAUGUGGUCAUUUUUCUCUCGUGAUCCGACUAAAGACUUAGCUUGUGAAAUAGGCGAGAAGUGCAGUUUAACUGAACUCGAAGAUAAGUCAAUCUGGAGGCUCCAUGAAGGGAAACGGAAGGAUAAUGGGGAACCAGUGUCUGUAUUUGUAUAUGGCAUUAAAGGAAGCAAUGAAACACAGACCCAGACUGCAAAAACUGCUUUUAAACGGAUAAAAACGCUUAGGCAUCCUAAUAUACUGAUGUACAUUGAUGGAUUAGAAACAGAGGAAGCUCUUUAUAUUGUGACUGAAAAAGUACAACCAUUAGAAUCUUAUUUAAAAUUACAGAGUGUUAAAACAAAUGAAUUAUCAAUAUCAUGGGGACUGCAUCAAAUUGUGAAAGGGUUAAGUUUCCUUGUAAACGACUGUCAGCUGAUCCAUAACAAUGUCAAUAUGUCGUCCAUAUAUGUAGAUAAAGCUGGUGAAUGGAAAUUGUUCGGUGUUGAUUAUGUUUACCCAGCUGAUCAAUUUCCUCCAUUCAAAGCACUGCGGGCAUUAGAGAAAUAUGACCCACCCGAGAAAAGUGAUGCCCAAAGAAUGAAAAACAAACGUUCAAAGUGGGCUGCUGAUAUGUGGGGACUUGGCUGUUUGAUUUGGGAAGUUUUUAAUGGCCCAUUACCAAGAACAGCAUCACUGAAAAAUGUGGGAAAGAUUCCCAAGUCACUGUUACCCAACUAUGCUGAGUUGGUGGGUGCCAACCCAUUGUCAAGGCCGAACCCAUCUAAGUUUAUUCAAGACUGCCGUUCUCCAAAUGGAUUUAUGAACAAUAGAUUUGUAGAAACUAAUUUGUUUCUUGAGUCUAUACAGAUUAAAGAUGCCACAGAGAAAACCAAGUUUUUCAGCAAACUCAAUGAGGAAUUAGAAGAUUUUCCAAGUGAAUUCUGUCGAUAUAAAAUACUUCCGCUACUUCUACAGGCAUUUGAGUAUGGCAAUGCUGGAUCAGCAGUCUUAACACCCUUGGUUAGACUUGGGAAACUAUUAGAAACUGAAGAAUAUCAAAAGAAGAUUGUGCCAUGUGUUGUGAAAAUGUUUUCAUCAACAGAUAGAGCAACACGCAUUAAAUUACUUCAACAGAUGGAACAUUUUAUUGAGCAUCUCACUCCAGCUGUUGUCAAUGAUCAGAUAUUCCCACCUGUCAGCCAUGGGUUUAUGGAUACUAAUCCUGCUAUUCGGGAGGCCACUGUCAAGGCGAUGCUGUUAAUGGCACCAAAAUUGAAUGAAAAAAACCUCAAUGUAGAAGUAUUGAAACAUUUUGCCAGACUCCAGUCAAAAGAUGAUCAGCCUGGAAUUAGAACAAAUACUACUGUUUGUAUUGGUAAGGUUUCUGGACAUCUGACUCCUCAGAUGCGACAGAAAGUAUUGGCAUCAGCGUUUCAAAGAGCUUUAAAAGAUCCGUUCCCACCAGCAAGGUCAGCAGGUGUGCUCGCUAUGAUAUCAACGCAGAAGUACUAUGCCUUGAAGGAUAUUGCGUAUAAAGUACUACCAACCUUAUGUAGUGUCACUGUUGAUCCAGAUGAGGGAGUCAGAGACCAGGCAUUUAAAGCAAUAGACAUAUUUCUGAAAAAGUUAGCAGAAGUCUCAAAACAUCCAGAGAAAGCAAUUGAAAUGGAGUCUGACGUGAAUGCUGCUGCCAAUACAACACACAGUGCAACUGGUUGGGCAGGAUGGGCAGUCUCAUCAAUUACAUCAAAGUUUUAUAGGGGUUCAAAGAAACCCAAAUCACCAGACACAAAAACACCAGCCAUGACUGCCUCUGCUAACAAACAGCCAAAUAAACCAACACCAUCUAUCCAUAACGAUGAUGUCACUCAAAAACACCAUGAUGUCGAAGAGGAAGAAGAGGAGCAAGAAAUUAUUGAAGUUGAAGAAGAGGUUCAUGAUUCUAAUUCAGAUUAUGGUGAAGGUUGGGAAGAGGAUGACGACUGGGGUAGUAUGGAUGAUUUCUCAAGCCCAUCUCAAGUAUCAACAACAAAGAAAAGUAGUUUUGCUGUCAAGGAGGAACCACAGAUUUCAGUGGGAUGGGAUAACAGCUGGGAGGAUAUAACAACAACAAAACAAAAAUCAUCGCUGUCAAAACCUGCAUUGACUUCUAAAACUGGCACUGGAUCAGUUCCUUCAAGGACUGGAGGAAUGAAAUUAGGACUGAAAAAACAAGAUGAAAUUGCUGAUGUAUGGGGUGAUGACUGGGGGAAAAUACCGUCAUCUUCAUUAAGUGCAAAAACAAAUGUUUCCAGUAAAACAAGCAGGACUAUGAAAUUGUCUAAAGAUGACUAUAGUGGCUGGGGAGGUGAUGAUGACUGGGGAAGUGUUGAUGCUAAAAAGACAAAUACAAAGGAGGAUUUCAGUAGUGGUUGGGACGAUGACGUAGAGGAUUGGGGUUCCAUUGAUGAUGUUACCGGUACUCUUGAAGGAUCUCAGUCUUCCCAGGCUGGUGGUGGUGGUAGCAGUCUUCCAAUGAAAUCUAAUCCAGUUUGCAAAUCUAAACCACCAGUUAAACCACCACCAGGGUGGAAUGAUAAUAUAGACUUUAAGGAGGACAAACAGUUUGUAACAACCAGUAGUUAUAACUGGGGUGCAGAAUCAACUGCAGACUUUUUUAGUUCAUCUGGGAUUGCAUCCGCAGAGAACACAGGCAAACCUAGAAGUUUCUCAAACAAAUCCUCAAUGCAGAAAUCCUCUAUGACAUCCAAAGUGGAAGUGAGCAGCAGUGGUUUUGAAGACUGGGGUGAUGGAUGGGGAGCCGAUGAAAACCAAGGUCUCAGCAAAGCAGAGCUGGCACGGAAGCAACGUGAAGAGAGGAGGAUACAGCGAGAAAAAGAAAUUCAAGCAAAACGAGAAGCCAAAAAAACUGGUGGAAUGAAACUUGGAGCCCGAAAAUUUUAAUUUUCAUGAUGCUUAUUUACACUGACUGUUGGGCUGAAUCUUGGGAAUUGUCCCAAAAUGCAAUAACGU